CACUCUGCCAUUUUCACUAUUUCUCUCACCCCAUUUGUCCAUCGGAUCCAAAGUUUUUACUUUUUGAAAAAGCAUCUCAUAAAGUCACCAUUUUUGCUUUCGUUGUGAAGCUUGAGCUGGGAAAUUCAAGAUGUCUAGGACGUUGUUUCAUUUGUUGGGUAUUUUGUGGCUAUGUUGGUGGUUGGCAUCAACUGGAGAAGCUCAAGUUGAAUACUUGAAAUACAAAGAUCCAAAACAACCUCUUGCAACUCGGAUUAACGACUUGCUGAGUCGAAUGACUCUGGAGGAGAAGAUUGGUCAAAUGGUUCAAAUUGAUAGGAGUGUUGCCAAUGCUAAUGUUAUGAAAACCAACUUCAUAGGGAGUGUAUUGAGUGGUGGCGGCAGUGAACCCCUUCCAAGGGCUACUGCUGAAGAUUGGGUUAAUAUGAUAAAUGAAUUUCAGAAAGGGUCUCUGGCAAGUAGAUUGGGCAUCCCAAUGAUGUAUGGGAUUGAUGCUGUUCAUGGACACAAUAAUGUCUUUAAUGCUACCAUAUUUCCCCAUAAUGUUGGGCUUGGAUGUACCAGGGAUCCUGACCUGGCACAAAGGAUUGGUGCUGCAACUGCUCUUGAAGUCAGAGCUACAGGGAUUCCUUAUGUAUUUGCUCCAUGCAUUGCGGUUUGUAGAGAUCCAAGAUGGGGUCGAUGUUAUGAAAGCUAUAGCGAGGAUCCUAAAAUUGUGCAAGAAAUGACAGAGAUCAUACCUGGUCUACAAGGAAAUAUCCCUGCUAAUUACAGGAAGGGUUUUCCAUAUGUUGGUGGCAAGACUAAGGUAGCAGCUUGUGCUAAGCACUUCGUUGGAGAUGGUGGUACAACAAAGGGAAUAAAUGAGAACAACACAGUGAUUGACUGGCAUGGAUUGCUGAGCCUUCACAUGCCUGGCUAUUCUGAUUCCAUCAUUAAGGGGGUCUCUACAGUCAUGGUAUCAUACUCCAGUUGGAAUGGGGUAAAGAUGCAUGCAAAUCGUGAUCUAGUCACUGGCUUCCUCAAGAAUACCCUUAAGUUUAAGGGAUUUGUCAUCUCAGAUUGGCAAGGUAUUGACAAAAUUACAACACCACCCGAUUCAAACUACUCAUACUCUGUCCAGGCUGCCAUUGAAGCAGGUGUUGAUAUGGUGAUGGUCCCUUACAAAUACGACGAGUUCAUUCAGGAUCUUGCACUCUUGGUCAAGAACAAUGUCAUUCCAAUAGAUCGUAUCGAUGAUGCUGUGGAGAGAAUCUUGCUUGUAAAGUUCACCAUGGGUCUUUUUGAGAAUCCUCUAGCUGAUUUCAGCUUAGUCAACGAGCUUGGUAGCCAGGAACACAGGGACCUAGCAAAGGAAGCCGUGAGAAAAUCUCUAGUGCUGCUUAAGAAUGGGAAAAAUUCAAGUGCUCCACUUUUGCCUCUUUCAAAGAAAGCCCGAAAAAUCCUAGUUGCUGGUACUCAUGCCGAUAAUUUGGGUUACCAAUGUGGUGGGUGGACAAUCAAAUGGCAAGGAUUCAGUGGCAACGAUGAUACUAGGGGAACAACUAUUCUCAGCGCCAUAAAAUCAGCUGUUGAUCCAAGCGCAGAAGUUGUCUUUAGUGAGAACCCUGAUGGUGAUUUUGUUAAGUCCAACAACUUUGAAUAUGCCAUUGUUGUAGUUGGUGAGCCUGCUUAUGCUGAGACUGCUGGGGACAGCGCAACACUUACAAUGAUAGAUCCUGGUCCAAAUAUCAUCAGCAACGUCUGUGGGACUGUUAAGUGUGUGGUUAUCAUCAUUUCUGGAAGACCUAUCGUGAUUGAACCAUAUCUUUCCUCUAUAGAUGUAUUGGUGGCAGCAUGGUUACCAGGCACUGAGGGCCAAGGUGUUACAGAUGUCCUAUUUGGUGACUAUGCUUUCAGUGGUAAGCUUGCAAGGACGUGGUUCAAAUCAGUAGAUCAACUCCCAAUGAAUGUUGGGGAUCCUCACUAUGAUCCACUUUUUCCUUUUGGUUUUGGAUUGAUCACUGAAUCUGUCAAGGACCUAGUACAAAGGUCAACCUCAGCUGCUGUCGGUGUAAGGGCUUGUAUAUCUACCAUUAUGGUGACAGUAAUAAUCAUCAGCUUAUAUUUAAGUGGUUAAGCACAAUUUAUGGGAGCUUAUUGAAGCGGGUGGCUAGAGAACUAACUUGGGAUACGCCCCAGUUUAGUCGUAUUUUAGUCUAAUUCAUUGUAUUUAAGACAUUAUUGUUGUUCAUG